AUGAGCUUUGUCGAGGCGACCAAAGCCGCCCUCUUUCAGGGCUUCGCGUCAUUCGCGCAACUCAAGCACAUCCACGCGCGCCUCCUGCGCCUGGACCUCCACCGUGAUCACUACCUCCUGAACAUCAUGUUGAAAUCCGGUUUCCACUUCAACCGCCCGACCUACUCCGCCGCCGUGUUCGGCCAGGCCCACGAGCCCAACGUCUACCUUUACAAUACCAUGAUCCGUGGGCUCGCCUCGAGAGACUGUUUCGGCCAGGCCAUCGAGUUUUUUUUCUCCAUGCGCCGAGCCGGGUUCCUGCCCAACAACAACACUUUCCCUUUCGUGCUCAAGUCGUGCGCCUGGAACAUGGACGGCGAGUUGGGCGCCAGUGUCCACUCUCUCGCCGUCAAAGCGGGGUAUGACGACGACGUUUUCUUGAAGACCGGUUUGGUUGGUUUUUACUCGAAAUUGGACAAUCUGGACGACGCCCGCAAGGUGUUUGACGAUAUUAUCGAGAAGAAUGUCGUCUCGUGGUCCGCCAUGAUGGGCGGGUACAUCAGGGCCCGGAAAUAUCGUGAGGCGGUGGAUCUUUUUAUGGAGUCGCUGGAAACAGGCUCGAGGCCCGACAGCUACACGCUCGUCCGUGCUUUGUCGGCUUGUGCACAGCAAGGGGAUUUGAAUUCAGGGCGUUGGAUUCACAAUUGCGUGGUGGCUAUGGGGAUGGGAAGUAACGUGUUUGUGAAUACUGCCUUGGUGGAUAUGUAUGCCAAGUGCGGGGACAUGGACAAGGCCCGCACGCUUUUCGAGGAGAUGCCCGAACGAGAUAUGGUCACGUGGGGGGCCGUGAUCCAGGGUUACGCGGCAAACGGGCUCCCAAAUGAGGCCUUAGAAUUUUUCCACCGUAUGCUGGCCCACGGUUUGAGACCCGACUGUUAUGUCAUAGUUGGGGUUCUCUCGGCGUGCGCUCGUCUAGGUGCAUUGCAGCUGGGGGAGCGGGCCCACGCCAUGAUGGAAGAAAAAGAGUUCACGAAAAACCCCGUGGUUGGCACAGCUCUCAUCGACAUGUACGCCAAGUGUGGGAAAAUCAACGCCGCGUGGGAAGUCUUCGCUGUUAUGCGUGCCAGGGACAUCGUUCUUUUCAAUGCCAUCAUAUCCGGGCUGGCCAUGACGGGCCAGGCACGGGCUGUGCUCGCCUGCUUCGGGCUCCUGCAGAAGUCCCACCGGGCUGUCCUGAGCAUGCCGAUGCAGGCCAAUGCCGUCGUCUGGGGAGCCCUCCUCGGUGGGUGCCGCCUGCACCGGGACACCCGACUAGCCGAGCACGUGCUCGAGCGGCUAAUCGAGCUUGAGCCGUGGAACUCGGGGAACUAUGUCCUUUUGUCGAAUCUCUACUCGGUAAAUAAAAAAUGGGGCGAGUCGGAGAAAAUCCGGUCGGUCAUGAGGGAGAAGGGUAUUCAGAAAGUGAGUGCAUACAGCUGGAUUGAGGUGGAUGGGUUCAUGCACGAGUUUCUGGUGGGUGAUACCACACAUCCCGAGUCGGGUAGAAUAUACGCGAAAUUGGGUGAGCUUGGAAAAGAGCUGAGGGAAGCUGGUUACAUGCCGACUACAGAGUAUGUGUUGUUUGACAUCGAUGAGGAGGAGAAGGAGCAUUUUGUCGGGUGCCAUAGUGAGAAGUUGGCGCUUGCGUUUGGGCUCAUUAGCACGGGAGAUGGGACAGUGAUUCGUAUAGUGAAGAAUCUGAGGGUCUGUGGGGACUGUCAUGAGAUGAUCAAGCUGGUGUCGAGGAUUACGGGCCGGGAGAUUGUGGUUCGGGAUACGAACCGUUUUCAUCAUUUUACGGGCGGGUCGUGUUCGUGUGAGGAUUAUUGGUGA